AUGGCUCGCGCUGGGCCAGUGGCGAAGCACAGCCCUGUGAUGCGGCCGGAGGUCAGCCGGCCAUAUCCCGUCCUUCUCGGCACAGAUCGUAAGGACAGGGUCACAUCCCAGAAUUCGAGGAAGCAGCCGGCGCAGGGUCGCCGUUCCGACUUGAAGGAGGCGUCUGAGUUUUGUCAGAAGCACUCCGUGGAUCCCGCAAGUGGAAGGUUGCGCCGCCGGAAUGAGACAGGAGGCCGUAGCACCGUCCCAGAGUCUGCCCCAAAGAGGGAGAUCGCGGGUGAACCUUUGGUUUCAGCAAAAGUUGAACUCGAGUACGAGCCGGAUGAGGACCAGAGGAAAUACAAAGAACUGAUCGUUAACUGGAACAUUCGAGAGACUUUGCCGCUGCCCAUCCAGCCGGUGGGCUCGACGUUAAGGACCAUCCCUGAAGGUACGGACGAGGCGAACGACGAGGAGCCGUUUAUGAUGCACUCGUACGAUCUCUUUGUAUUCUGUGGCUCGGAUGCAGUCGUUUAUGGCUGCUUUGAUUCGCCGGAUCUGAAUUACGACGACUACUUCAGCAUGCCGCUCGGCAAUUCCGCAUCCGUGGCGAGUGCAGUUCUGGGCAAGAACGAAUGCAUCGCCCUGCGUGGUCUCCAUGAUCACCCGGUGAUCACGGGCUACAUUCUAGAGGAUCACACGCAGCCUUCCAGGCGGCAAGAGCGGCCCAUCAAUGGCUCUGGUUUCUGCAGCAUGGACGCGCAGUUUGUCGUGACGCAUUCCGUCGACACAACUGCCAUUUGGCGAUUGGAUCGACUGUGGCAGGUUGCAGAAGCUGCUGCUUUGGGCCACAAGAAGGAUCCACGAAAGCCUUUGGAUCUCAUGGAGACCAUGGAGAACAAGUCGCAGCUGUCGGAGUGCAGGGCCGAGCUGUGGCUCAAGAAUUCGGAAGGUAUGUAUCCCGUCAGGAGGGACAAAGCCCAAGCCUUUGUCGCAAUCGUGGGUGAGUACCUCCCAGGGAAGCGAAGCGCAACAUACCGUCCUGACGAUGGCAAUGGCGGCGUUGUCCUAAAGAUGGACAGCAGCGGGUUGCUGAUUCUCACCGUCGCCCGUGGUCCCGAAAUUGACGUGUACGCGAUCUUGCCUCAUACCUUGGACGUGGUGCCAGUGACGGUGGUCGACACCUUCAGCCUCGACUCCUCCCUGGAACUGGUGUUCCCGGAGGUCGGCGGCCGCUUCCGCGGACUUCGGGCACGACUGGAGCAGCCGGACAGCGCCACAACGUCGUACGAUGGGGACUAUGCGGCGGAGAACAAAGACUCUCCGCCUCCAAGCUCCAAAAGUUCUGGCGUACUAUGCUCCACACCUCCAGGUCUGAAGUCACCUGGCAGCACGCCGCCAAGCUCUGUAAAGGGCGGCGCUCCGCCCCAGCCCAGGCCGAAGUCCAAGGCUGGCGUUGGCCAGCACCAGGUCCGCACCCCGCGAGGUGCCAGCCUCCACAGUACGAACAUCGGAAGAGGAGGCUUGGCGCGCCAGAUCUCGUCGCGAGGUGGACUGGCACUGGACGCGGAAGGGCUGCGGAAGGCGUUGCUGCGCGGAAGGGCGCGGAAGGCUGCGGACGCAGUGGCGGAAAUGUGUGGAACAGGGGCAGAGCAGCGGCCCAAACGGGCGAAGCAUUUCUUGCUGCCCGGGACCGUCUUUGACAUUCAUCUGCAUUGCCUGCAGUUCGCAGCGAUGCCAAUCGCCUGGUCACAAACCUCUCGGGCGGCAGUCCCACCAGCCAGACAAGCCGGCCAUGCUAGCGGCGCAUCGAAAACGGUGCGUCGAGAUGUCAAGCCAUUGCUGAAGGCGGCAACAUCGGAAGGAGUCCGGCUGCGCAGCCGAUCCGCCUCCACUGACAAGGUUGACCGCCGCCAGGCGUCGCCGAAGCUGGUAGAAACACCUCCGCGGCCAGAGUCCGUUGAGCCCGUUCACAAGGCAGGUGCGCCGAGCACACCUGCGCAGACCAGCUACGUGGCUUCCCCGCAGACAUCCUGUGCGCCAGUUGCGGCCCGCAUCCCGGCCCAGAGAUUCGCUGUUGCCGCACCGAGCGGCCGAGGCUCUUCAGGGGCAGUUCCGGUGAAUCAGCCACGACUUCAAGGUCUCUCCUCGUGGCCAAGUGUAUGGGUGCCACAGGUGAUUCCAGCAGUGCCGGCAGUACCAGUUCAGGUUCCAGUUUCAAUGGUGAGCCGCAGUUCUCUGGGACACCACUUCGCGUACUCGAGGUCGAGCUUUGCCACAGUUGCAACGGCGGCCUAUCCCAGCGCCGGGGUCCUGGAGGUGUUGCUGCCUUUUCAGGUCGCUACAGCAGCAGGUUCAGGCAACACGAAGACGUCCAUGCAAUUCCCUCCCCAGUCAGACAUGACGAUGAUGCUUUCGGGCCAGGCAUCGUCAGUCAUCUUUAGCUCAAGUAAGACUGGCAACUCCGACAUCACAUGUAGACUUGAGCAUGCUAUGCAGCCCCGGAUCCCGAAUUCCCAGAUUAGUGAUGAUUCGCGGGUUGAAGUUGUGGUGUUCGAACUGGAGACGCGAGUCGUGAAGACAUGA